AUGGCAGCGGAGCUCCGCGCUGCGUUCAAGGCGACGCGGCACAAAGUGAGUCUCCGCUCUGCACCGUGUGUCCUCAUGGUGUUCUUCAUGGUGCUGCUGAUCGUCGCCAUCUUGUUGGGGAAUGUGACUCAGGCCGUGGUCGUGGUGAACAAACGCUUCCACAAGCCGCAGGGUCUCCUGAAGGCGUCGCUGGCCGUGGGGACGUUGGUGGUGCCGCUGUCCAUCUACACCGAGGUCCACCACAUGCUGACCGACUCCGCUCCAGACCGGACCUUGUACAACAACUGGCAGCUGCAGAGUUUCCACCCAUGUGACAUCAUCGGCCCCGUCUUCACCGGAUUCACCCUGGUCUCCAUCACCACCAUCUUCCUGCUGACGAUGGAGCGCCGCGUCGCCGUGUUGAAGCCACUGCACAAAGACUCUGUGAUCACUCGCAGGAGAACCACCGUCCUCCUCGUCCUCUCCUGGGUGGGGAGCUUCGUCUUGGCCAUGGUGCAGUACAACUCCUGCAGCCGCAUGUGUAACUGCGCCCUGGGCCAGUUCUCAGGUCAGACGUGGAACAUCAUGCUCCUGUUUCCAGCCUUCGACUUCAUGCUGCUCAGCAGCAUCUGUCCAGCCUCAGGCAGCACUCGAGGCGCAAAGACUUCUCUCCCGUUGCCGUCUUUGUGGUGGGGAUCGUUUUGGGGAGCAGAGCCCCCCCAGACAGCCCACCGAGGAGGCACGGCCAGAGACCCACAACAGCCACCCCCACCGCCCCCCAGAAGCCGACCUCACGCCCUUCCAACCCAGGGAGGGACAGGCAGAGGCCCACGUAGGGCCCCCAGCCAAGGGGCCCCCCAGAGACGGAAGACAGGCAGACCCCCGAUCCAGUCCAUGGCAGAUUCCCCAGGCAGAGGUGGGGCCAGAGGUCCAGGGCCUGCCACGCCCGACCCGCGGUGCCCCGGAGAGGGGUCCCUCAACAUCCAGAAGCGCCUGCACCCACCAACGACCCCCGCCGGGUAAGCAGACUGCCGCCCACCACAGCACCUUCAGGGAGGUGCAUCAUGAUGGGCCACAGCCGUUCCUCCUGGACACCCCCCAGACCAGAUCCCCAAUGUCCAGCGACAGGGGGUGAGCAGGAAUCGGGCACUCAGGAGCGCACUCACGACCACCACUCCAGCCCACCGGUGAAUGAUUUGGUGGUGUGUUUGAUGUGUGAUAUGGGGUAUGUUGGUAUCUACUGUGCAUUUAAAAUGGUGGGGGAAGAUGUGUCACGGGCGCCCCACAUCGGUGAUGGUUUUGCUCAUAAAUGGAAGAUCGGAGAUUUUAAUUUCUUUACAGAGUGUUUGUUCAAUGUCUAGCCACAGACUGUCCAGUGGGUUGGGUUUAAUCAAUUUUUGGACAUAGUGAAGCUUAUUUGCAAGAAAGUAGUUUGGAAGUUCAGGACCACCAUAGGCGUUUGCUUUUUGGAGUGUUUUUAAACUGAUGCGUGCUGGUUUGGUUUUCCAGAGGAAUUUUGUGGUAGCACAGUCUAAUGAUUUAAACUAGAUUGGUGAAGGUUUAGUUGGGAUCAUUGAGAAGAGGUCAUUGAUUUUUGGUAAGAUCAUCAUUUUUAUGGUGGUAACUCUUCCCAUAAGUGAUAUAGGUAAGGAAUUCCAUCGUAGGAGGUCAUCCUCUAUUGAUUUAAGUACUGGAGUAUAGUUUAAUUGUGCUAGAUCUGACAGCCUGGAGGAAAUAUUUACACCCAAAUAUCUAAUGUUUCCAGAUUUCAGAGGACAGGAUGGUGAUGAUUUGAAGUCAUGGUUGUCGAGUAAUCUGAUAUGGCUGAAAAUGUAUUAAGAAGUGCAAUAGUCUCGGAAAGAGAGCUUUGUGAGUUUUGGAGGAAAAGUAAUACAUCAUCAGCAUAGAGGCUUAUUUUGUGAUGUAGUUUUGUUGUUUGAAUACCUGACAGAAUAUAUGUGUGUGAAUGAGAGGAACCCAAGUGGAACCAUGAGGCUACAGGGAGUGGAGAUAAAGAAGGUGGAGGAUUUAAAGUAUUUAGGGUCAACCGUCCAGAGCAGUGGAGAUUGUGGAAAAGAGGUGAAGAAACGUGUUCAAGCUGGUUGGAAUGGGUGGAGAAAAGUGUCAGGGGUAAUGUGUGAUAAAAGAGUAUCAGCCAGAAUGAAAGGAAAGAUAUACAAGACAGUGGUGAGACCAGCGAUGAUGUAUGGUCUAGAGACAGUGGCACUGAGGAAAAGACAGGAAGCAGAGCUGGAGAUGUUGAGGUUCUCUUUGGGAGUGACGAAGAUGGAUAGGAUCAGGAAUGAGUCAAUCAGAGGAACAGCACAUGUUAGAUGUUUUGGAGAUAAGGUCAGAGAGGCCAGAAUGAGAUGGUUUGGUCAUGUACAGAGGAGGGAUAGUGAGUAUAUUGGUAGAAGGUUGCUGGGGCUGGAACUGCCAGGCAGGAGGUCUAGAGGAAGACCAAAGAGAAGGUUUAUGGAUGUAGUGAAAGAGGACAUGAAGUUAGUUGGUGUGAGAGAGGGGGAUACAGAGAACAGGGUGAGAUGGAGGAGGUUGAUUCGCUGUGGCGACCCCUGAAGGGAGCAGCCGAAAGGAAAAGAAGAAGAAGAAGAAGAAGAAGAUGCACAUGAUAAUAUGAAAAUGAAAAGGGCUGUUCACGUAUGAGAGCAGACUUUUCUGACAUGAAAAUGAUUCAGCUUAAACUGUCUUCUGGACUUAAACAACAUGUGAAACUCAGUGUGCUGACAAAUAUUACAGCAAAAUCAUUAACAAUAAUAAAAUAACAAAAGCAAAGCAAAAA